AUGGCAUUCAAAAAUUUACUGUUUCAGUUCGUGACCUUCCUCGCCCUGGUGGCUGUUGCCCGUGCUGGACUCAUCGCUUCCCCAGCUGUGUCCUAUGGCGCUGCUCCAGCCCUGGCCUACGCUGCCCCAGUUCAGCAGUUGGCCUAUGCCGCCCCUCUGACCAAGACUGUCGUGGCCAAGCAGGUCAUCGCCGAUGAGUACGACCCCAACCCACAGUACUCUUUCUCGUACGGAAUCUCCGAUGCCCUGACCGGUGACCAGAAGUCCCAGCAGGAAUCCCGCCAAGGAGAUGUCGUCCAGGGAUCUUACUCCGUCGUUGACCCAGAUGGUGUCAAGCGUACCGUUGAGUACACUGCUGAUCCUCACAACGGAUUCAACGCUGUUGUCCACCGUCAACCUCUUGCUGUUGUUGCUGCUCCAGUUAUUGCCGCCCAGACCGUCAUUGCUCAGCCAGCCAUCGCCAAGACUGUGAUCGCUCAGCCAGCUUAUGCUUCCUAUGCCGCUCCAGUUGCCAAGACCUACGUCUCGCAGCCAGCCUAUGCCUCGUACGCUGCUCCUUUGGCCACUAAGACCAUCGUCUCUCAGCCAGCUUACGCUUCGUACUCGGCUCCUCUGGCCACCAAGACCAUUGUGUCCCAGCCAGCUUAUGCCUCUUAUGCUGCCCCAGCCACUUACGCUUAUCACCACUAAAAUGUGGCUGA